AUGUGGAAGCAUUUCCUGAGUAAGCUUCCUAAGAAAGCACUGAAAUCUGAGUCAGUAGAUUCAGCAAGAGGCAAUUCGGGCUCUCACGGCCCGAAUGCAAGCCCGAAUUUGGGUUCUGGAAGGCCUAAUAGUAGUGCUCUAAGGAGGACCUCCUCAGUUGUGUUCCCAGCAAGUGUGAUUGCAGGGAUUGAGCCUCUAAUUUCCUUCAAAGAUGUGCCCAGCUCUGAAAAAAUGAAUCUUUUUAUCAGUAAGUUAAGCCUCUGUUGUGUAGACUUUGAUUUCAGGGACCCAACUAAGAAUGUAGCAGAAAAGGAACUUAAAAGAGCCACAUUGUUUGAGCUUUUGGAUUUUGUAUCUUCUAAUCCACCCAAAUUUUCAGAACCUGCAAUUCUUGCAAUGUGUAAAACUUGUGCUGUUAAUUUGUUUCGGGUUUUCCCUCCUAAUUAUCGGUCUAGCAAUUCCCACGCCAGUGAAAACGAGGAUGAUGAGCCUACUUUUGACCCUGCCUGGCCUCACUUGCAAAUUGUGUAUGAUCUAUUGCUUAAGUUUGUAACAUCUUCUUCUCUAGAAGCUAAGGUUGCAAAAAAGUAUAUAAAUCAUCACUUCAUAUUGAAACUGCUCGACUUGUUUGAUUCUGAAGAUCCAAGGGAAAGAGACUGUUUGAAAGCUAUCUUGCAUAGGAUUUAUGGCAAGUUCAUGGUCCACAGGCCCUUUAUAAGGAAGAGUAUAAGCAAUUUGUUCUAUAGAUUUGUAUUUGAGACUGAGAAACAUAAUGGGAUUGCUGAGCUGUUGGAGAUAUUCGGAAGUGUGAUUACGGGGUUUGCUCUGCCAUUGAAAGAGGAGCAUAAGAUCUUUUUGUCAAGGGCUUUGAUUCCUUUGCACAAACCAAAAUCAUUGGGUAUUUACUUUCAACAGUUAUCAUAUUGUGUUAUGCAGUUUAUAGAGAAGGAUCCCAAGUUGGCUAGCACUGUGAUCAGGGGCUUGUUGAAGUACUGGCCCAUCACAAAUACCCAAAAAGAGGUGAUGUUCUUGAGUGAGUUGGAAGAAAUUUUGGAAGUUAUUAACAUGGCUGAGUUCCAAAGAUUGAUGGUUCCUUUGUUCUGGCGGAUUGGUUGCUGCAUCAAUAGUUGCCAUUUUCAGGUAGCUGAAAGAGCUCUGUUCCUUUGGAAUAAUGACCAAAUUAUCAAUCUGAUUGCACAUAACCGGCAUGUGAUUCUCCCUAUUAUAUUCCCAGCUGUGGAAAACAAUGCUCAGAACCACUGGAACCAUGCUGUGCAGAACUUGAGUCUAAAUGUAAGAAAGAUGUUCUCCGAAAUGGAUGAUGUGUUUUUCAUGGCUUGCCAUUCUCACUACAAGGAAGAACAGGAAAAAAUAAACUUGGAAGCUGAAAAACGGAAGGAAGCAUGGGAACGGCUAGAGAGUGCAGCAAGUCUACGUCCACCUAUAGCUGGAAACAUCGGUGUUCUAGUAAUGCCUUUAGCAACUUCAAUCACUUGCUAAGAGGCACAUCACUCUAUCCUUGUCCCCAUGUUGCUCGGUGUAUGUUCCUCCCAGUUUUGGAGUGACGGAGAAACCAGAAUGUCAUCAUAGGAUGGGAAAUGGCUGUUGAUUGGUGCAGAAGGUUUUUGAAGAUCAAUCCGAUGACAGCCUUAACUGUUGUAACUUAGUACUACAACUGUGUUUGUUUCAUCAAAUUUCUUCCCUGAAGGAGCACGGGAAGGGGGCUUGGUAAUGGGCUAACUAACGUCUGUUUCUUUAUUUUCCUUUUUGAACAUUUUGUCAUGGCCUAUUUUUAUCUAAUUUGGCUGAUAUUUUCAUCACCUUCUUGGCUGGCUUCUUCACUGUUCAGCUUUGCUAGUUGGAUCAGUGUGUUUUCAUAUCAUUUUAAUAUGGAAAAGAAGAAAAAGGAAAAAUGGAGAGGUUUCUCUUAAAGUAGCUGGAUUGUAGCCUUUUUUGACUCCCACUGUGAAAAUUUGUUUGACACCAUUUCCUUUU